AUGAACUCCACAGUACUUCCGGAUAUGUCAGGGAUGGACGUCUUGGGGAUGAACCUCUCAAACCCAAGCUCUCAAUUGACAGCGUCUCACCACGCUCACCCCUAUGCAUCCUCGAUCUCCUCCUCCGCCUCCUCCUCUUCCUCAUCUGUAUUCUCCCUCGAUUGCGUCUCCUCGCAGAGUUCGAUAUCAUCGACAUCGACCAACCCGGUUGACGUGAUUUGGGAAAAUGAGAGUAAUAGUCAGGGAAGAAAUCCGAACGGAGCAUGCCCCCGGGCUUUCGCCAAGGGACCUGCUUCCAAGGUGGACGGUGUAGUGCCAUCCGAGCUGCGAACGCAUCCUCGGCGCACUAACAGUUAUUCUUCCAGCGCCGCCAGUGCGCGCCCUCCGCCAUGUCUGCUACGGCAGUCGGAACGGAAGGUGAACUUCGUCGACAACCUCGUCGACACCGCAUCACAGAUUGUUGAGACCAUCUGGCCCCUUUCUGCCGCAGCAUCCCGCAGUGAUGCCGCGACCGGAUCUAAAGGGGUUCUUCCUCUCCGCACUUUUAUCCAGGAGACACUCCGCCGCUCGCGUACUAGCUACAGUACCUUGCAGGUGGCCUUGUAUUAUUUGAUUAAAAUCAAGCCCCACGUGCCCACGCAUGAUUUCACCAAGGAGCAGCCUCGGGAUCAGUCGCCUUUGCGGGCAAUGCAGUGUGGACGCCGGAUGUUCCUGGCAGGGCUGAUUCUCGCUUCGAAGUAUCUGCAGGAUCGCAACUACUCCGCUCGUGCCUGGAGCAAGAUCUCCGGCCUUAAUACUCUCGAGAUUAACCAGAAUGAGCUUAUGUUCCUCAAGGCUGUCGGAUGGCGCCUGCACAUCGAUGAAGCGACGUUUCAGCGCUGGACUGAUUUGGUCUUGAAGCUGACCCCUGGUGCCGGUGGACCCCCGGUUACUAAAGGUCAGUGCUGGCAGACUGUCCUACCCAGACUCACUCCUGAACUGGACUAUGUAGAGUCAGAGCCCAUGACCCCAGUCUCGGCGAUGGGUGGGAUGGAUCUCGGUCUGUCAGAAUACCCCUCGCCUCGCAGUCUGCCAAUCAAUGAGUCUGUGCGCUCCUCGUCGCGCGAACAGACUCCGACUUACGCUCGGAGUCUUCCGCGCACCCUGGAGCCGACUCCGCGUAUGGAUUAUGCCAACUUGGCUUUGCCUAGUAUUCCACGGCCUAUGAUGCUUCCCACGCCCCAGAUGACCCCCCAAUCUCAAGUGUCCUCCACUCCUGCUGCGAGUGUGGCUGCUUAUAACACCCGCCGCCCAUCCAUCUGUACGGCCAUGUCUCAAGCGCAGAAUGCGUGCAUGGCGCGAUCGACACUCGAUCAGCGCCCGCCCCUGUCAUUCUGCCCUCGGACUCAGUCGUACGAUGGUUACCCGACUGCGGCUCGUCGGUCAUCUUUGGCUCGCUCGACCUCCUCGGCAUCGUCACCUGACUCGAUGGUUUCGGACGUUUCUACCCUGUCGUCCCGCUCUUCACGGUCGUCAUCAGUCUCGUCCAACGCCUCAGGUACUUCUGGCUCGGCGCCAUCUCGCCUGGCUGUUAAGGCUACGUUGCGCUGCACAAGCAAUUCCCUCAAGGAGUCCCGUAAGACCCUGGCCAUUGCCUCUCCUAUUGACGAAAGUUGUCUGGUCGGCGUCUACAGCUCUCCUGAAUAUCCCAGUUCCAUGGGUUCUUCGGUCCCAGACUUGUCUAAUUUUUCCCUGGAUUCCAGCCUGAGCGAGGCCGCUCAGAGUCUCUGCGAACUUUCCGGCGCUACUCCCGAACGGCGCCAGUGCCGGAAACGUGGACGUACUGGAUCCGACGAUCUCUUGCUCCAAAACCAUGUGCGCCAUCUGAUCAACCUCGGGGCCUCCGGAGACCACUCCGUGUUGCCUGAUGGACAGUUUCCACGCUCGUUCAUGACUCAACGUGGGUCCUCCAUUGCCCCCGUGCGGACUGGCCCAGUCUCUGGACCAGCAGGCAUGAAACGUGCCUGCUGUGGCAGCGAAGCACGCAAGAUCGCGUUGAACCCAAGCCUCCGUGUUGCGGAGUACUUGAAUUAG